GGCAGAGAUUGAGUUGACUUCACACAGGAAAAUCUUAACGCAAUGAAAUACACUCUUUCACUUGUGAUGGUGGCUGCCAUGGUGGCUUGCGUCCAGGGAAGUCGCAUUAGCUAUAGUGGCUAUGGAGGAGGCUAUGGUGGCUACGGAGGAGGCUAUGGUGGCUACAGAGGAGGCUAUGGUGGCUACGGAGGAGGCUAUGGUGGCUACGGAGGCUACGGAGGAGGCUAUGGUGGCUACAGAGGAGGCUAUGGUGGCGUCUAUGGAGGCGGUUAUGGUGCCUAUGGAGGAGGUUACAGAGGAAGCUAUGGAGGCUACGGUGGUGGCUAUGGAUACGGCAAAUGAGGACUACAAUAAAAAAAACAAGAAACUACACAUAUUCUUUCUUCAAAUUAUGUGAUUUUUGGAUAUGAAUAUCAGUAUAC